ACAAUAUUAUUCUCAACAUCAACGCUGUACAAAGUUUAAAGUGUAGAAAUGUUUGUGCUGAUUAUUCUUAUCGGCAUAAUACUGUUGUUUUUAUCAUCUCGUAAUUACACUUAUUGGUUGUCAAGGAACGUAAAAUGUGAUUCUCCAAUACCACUUUUUGGCAAUUACUACAAAGUAUUAUUCGGUUUUAAAACUGACAUCGAGAACGUGAAUGAUUUAUAUAAAAAGUAUAAAACGGAAAAAGUAGUUGGAUAUUACCGUGGAACAACACCAGAACUUAUUAUUCGAGACCCAGAUAUUAUAAAGAAAAUUCUGAAUGUGGAUUUCUCGCAUUUUCAUGUCCGUGGAGCAGGAAGAGAUCCAAAAUAUGAACCACUUAUGUUGAAUGUAUUUUCCACUGAAGGUGAUCGAUGGAAAUUACUACGACAUGGCCUUUCACCAGCAUUCACCAGCAACAAAUUACGAAACAUGUUUCCUUUGAUAUUAAAAUGUACGGACAAACUUCAAGCAGUUGCUAAGAUACUAGCAAAUAAAGAACUUGGAUUAACCAUUGAAGCUGGAACGAAAGUUAUCAUACCAAUUCAAGCAUUACAAUUGGAUGAAAAAUAUUAUGACAAUCCAUCAGAGUUUAGACCGAAUAGGUUUUCCCCUGAAUCAGUAAAAUUACGACAUAGAUAUGUUUAUCUGCCAUUUGGUGAAGGGCCUAGAAAAUGUAUAGGUGCUCGCUUAGGAAUUAUAGAAUCGUUGACUGGACUAGUUGGGUUGCUACAAAAGUUUACAGUAGAACCAGCGCCAUCUUCCAAGAAAGAUAUCAAAUCUAAAAAGACCGCGUACCUCGUGCAGGGGACCGAUGAUGGAAUACCAAUAAAAUUGAUUCCACGAAAAACAGAAAAUAUAUAA